UCGGACAAAAGAUAACUCACAAUGUAACUGGCAGUUGAUACGUUAUCGAUAAGGUGUUGGUGUGUAAAGUAGUAGGUGAUCGCGAUGAGUGCUAUAAAAAAAUAUUUCAAAGAACAGUGUCAGGUGCGGAUGUGUGGGUUGGAGCAUGCCAACCCGAGCGAAUUCUAUCUGAGUGUUUGGCAGACCAACAGAUCAGCCACUCCUCUAUUUGUCUUGCGUCUUAUCUUGUUCCUGGGCUCCCUUGCAAUAGUCUUAGCUUCGUCUAUCUUGUACAUACAAAGCGGUAUAUACGGGUUCUGGUUCAUCUAUUUGACACAUUGGGGCUUGACCGCGAAUGUCGCGGCGACAGGGUUUGCUGCACUUGUGUCUGCGCGAUCGUUUUUCUAUGGACCCACUAGAACCAAACACCAGCUGCCAUGGUACGUGAUGACCUAUUGGAUAUUGUACAACAUCGCAGCACCUGUGGCCUUCCUCAUCACCCUGUUCUACUGGACUGUACUAUUUGAAGCCGGAGUAGAAGAGGAGCUGAACUACGGCCUGGACGUGGCGGUCCACGGCCUGAACUCCGUGGUGAUGUUCGUACUGGUGGUGACGUCAGCACAGCCAACCAGGCUAUUACACAUGUACCAUCCCCUCGGCUUCUCCUUGGUUUUCUUCUUGUUCACGCUCUUUUAUUACUUGGCAGGAGGCGUGGACGUCAAACAAAACCCGUUCGUGUACUCUGUGUUGGACUGGCGACACGCAGGGACGACCGUGGGAGUAGGUGUGCUCACAGGUUUCCUGCUUGUCUUCCUGUACCUGGUCACCAUGCUGCUGUCCCUGGGACGGGACGCUAUCGCCAAGAAAUUCGUGAAGCCCUCCGUGUACGUCAACGAGGAGCUACCCUUGCGGCAACCUACUGCUGAACAGACGCAGACUGGUGUCUAAUUUUAUACAUAGUCAAUGGAGGGAAAUCUGUAUUGUUGUGUUGCGUUGCCAAAAUAAGUAUAAUUAAUAAUAAUAGGAAAGUAAUAGAAAAAUAUAUUGUAAUAUAAGAAUAUUUGUUUUACACAGAUUAAAGGACCAGUAUUACUCGUUGUAUUGCGUUCUGUACUUAAUAAAUUGGUACUUUAAAAGUACUGAGGUCUGUUUACUUAUGACGCAGAGUGUACUUAAUGAAUGUGAUGUUGUUUUCCCUUACAGAAUAAAUACCUACAGUGUU